UGAAACGUCAACAUGACAUGAUCCUGAGACGUGAAUCGUCAUGAAAUCUGUUAAUCAAAUCGUGAUUUUCCAUUGAUUUUUGUUUAUUUUAUAGUGUAAUUAGUCGAAAUAAAUCUAGAAAUAACGUCUAUAAACUGUGACACUGCCUUUGGUGUUCAUUCAUAAUGUAGUUUUGAGGAAAAUCAUUUGGAAAUUAAACUUCUAUGAACUGUUUUGAUGUUAGUCAGUUCUAGUUAGAAAACCAUCAGAAUGUCGCUACCAGGCAAUGGGAUUUUUGUUGUCCAAGGCGAGAUGUGGAUGCUCGUUACCGCGAUGCGGCGGAGUACUCGUUGGGGCUCUCACUCUUUUCCCAACGAAGAAUAUGAUGUACUAAUGAGAACAUUUCAGGACCUGAAAACUAUAUUGAAUCAAGUAGAAGACCUGAGGCUCUUAGAUCCGGCGACUUACCUAAGUCCCUUUCUAGAAGUCAUACGAAGCAAAGAGACCACUGGCCCUGUCACUAGUUUAGCACUCUCUGCUAUCCAUAAAUUUUUAUCUUAUGGCUUGAUAGAUCCAACACACCCCAGUGUGCCCGCCACUGUGGAGGACAUAGCUGAUGCUGUCACGCACGCGCGAUUUGUGGGCACCGACCACUCUUCAGAUGGGGUUGUUCUUAUGAAAAUAUUACAAGUUCUUCGCACAUUAAUGCUAAGCCCGGAAGGCGCCAUGUUGACUGACGAGAGCGUCUGCGAGAUAAUGCUCAGCUGUUUUCGUAUUUGCUUCGAAACCCGCCUAACAGAAUUACUCCGCCGCAAUGCGGAGCAGUGUUUGCGGGACAUGACGCAGCUGAUCUUCAUGAGAUUGCCGCAGUUCCCACCAGAGGAUGCCGGAGCUGCCAAUUUCACCACAGUAGGACUCUCGCUUAAAAAGAGAGAGAAAACCAGCAAGAGAAAAAAUAUAAACACUGCAAGCAAUACAAAUUCUCUGGAGAGGAAACCGUCGAAUACAGAUCAGCCAAGUGCGAGCGUUGCGGACAAUGAGCAGGAAAGUGAGGGGAAAACCGAAAGACAUAGCCAAGACAAGAACUUAAUAAACGAAGCCGAAAUCACGAUCGAACCUGUGGACCAACUGGUCAAGAGUCCGGUGAAGAAACAUGGAAGGCACUCAUCCAUGGAUCUGGCAGCCAACGGUAACACUUCCAUCACGCAACUGCUGGAGAAAUGCGUAGCGGACAGCACGGAAACUCCUCAGCCAAGUGAAGAGAAGGAGGCGAAAGAGGAAGUCAAAGAUGCGGAAGUCCCAGAGCCUGAGGAGACACCUAGCAGCCAACAGGAGACAACCCCUCAACCAGCCGAGUCUGGUGAUCAGAAGUUGGAGGAGUACGUGAACCACCGCGGCAUCAGGUUCACGCCGCAAGAGGAGCCGCCGCUCCUGCAGCCGUACGGGCUGGUCUGCGUUCGUGAACUCUUCAGGUUCCUCAUAUCCCUGUGCAACCCGCUGGACGCGCAGAAUACGUCGGCCAUGGUCCACCUGGGGCUGUGCCUGGUCGGCACCGCUCUCGAAGUGGGCGCCGACCAGAUAGCCAACUAUCCCUCCCUUUUGUACCUAGUCAAGGAUCCGCUCUGCAGAAACCUGCUGAGUUUACUAGACACAGAGAGAAUUUCAAUAUUCGCUCUCGACCUACAAGUCUCUUUCCUUCUCUUCGAAGCGCUCCGUUUCCAUCUGAAAUUCCAAAUGGAGGCGUUCUUCAAAAAAAUUAUCGAAAUCAUAUCGACAGACACCACAAAAGCUAUAUACGAGCUGAAGGAAAUCCACCAUUUAGCUUUGGAAAGUCUGGCCCAAAUGUUUAGAAUACCUGGACUGUGCGCUGAAUUGUAUUUAAACUACGACUGUGACAUUUAUUGUAUGAAUGUAUUUGAGGAAAUAACGAAAUUGUUAUCGAAAAAUGUGGUGUCGUCGACGGCUUAUAACAUACAUACGUUGUCUCUCGAAGCGUUGCUGACCAUAAUAGAGGCAAUAGAGAUCGGAAGCCAGGCGAAAGACGAGUGCGAGAGCGAGACGCAGAUACAGAUUCUUGAGGAGGAGAAAGAGAAGAAGUACGGGCGAGGAGGCCACGUGUCACUAGAGCUGGGGGGAAUGGACGAGUCGGCUGGCAGCGAAUACGCCGCCCACGAUAUCAGCGAAUACUUUGUGGGGGGCAGGAUGGGUCGACACAAGCCUUAUACAGAUCUGCCCACGGAGGCCGAGUUGGAUAACAUUAGGAAUUUGAAGAAGUGGGUGACACAAGGCACUGAGCUGUUCAACCAGAAGCCGGAGCGCGGCAUCGAGUUCCUGCAGGAGCACGGCGUACUCAAGACGCCGCUCGACCCGCGGGAGGUCGCGCUCUUCCUCAGGGAGAACCCCGAUUUGGACAAGAAGAUGAUUGGCGAGUACAUCUGUAAGCGGUCGUCGCGCGGCGAGGCCGAGGCCGGCGAGGGUGGCGAGGCCGGCGAGGCCGAGGCGGAGGCGGCGCCGAGCGUGCUGGGCGCGUUCGCGGACAGCUUCGACUACACCGGCCUGCGCAUCGACCAGGCGCUGCGGCUCUACCUCGAGACCUUCCGCCUGCCCGGCGAGGCGCCGCUCAUCUUCCUCGUCAUGGAGCGCUUCGCCGACCGCUGGCAUAGCACAAACGGCGAGCCAUUCGCGAACACGGACGCGGCGUUUCGUCUCGCGUACGCGGUGAUCAUGCUCAACAUGGACCAGCACAACCACAACGCGAAGAAACUCAACGUGCCCAUGACCGUCGACGACUUCGUGAAGAACCUCAGGGGGUGCAACGGCUCCGGCGACUUCGACCAGGCCAUGCUGGAGGCGAUCUUUCACUCCAUAAAGAACGAGGAGAUGGUGAUGCCGGCGGAGCGCGUGGGGCCGGUGCGCGAGGCGUACCUGUGGCGCGUGCUGCAGCGGCGCGGCGCCGCCGCCGGCCGCUACACGGCGGCGCCGCGCCGCCACCACCACCACGCGCGCCUCUUCGCCGUCGCCUGCCCGCCCACCGUGAGCGCGCUGUCGGCGGCGUUCGAGCGCGCGCCGCCGCCGCCGGCGGGCGAGGCGGCGGCGGCGGCGGCGGCGGCGGGGGAGGCGGCGGGCGGCGGUGGCGGCGGCGGGGAGGAGGGCGCGGCGCUGGCGGCGCUGCGCGGGCUGCAGCGCUGCGCGGCGCUGCAGGCGCGGCUGCCGUGCGACACGCUCACGCUCGACACGCUGCUGCUCACGCUCUGCAAGUUCUCCGGCCUGCUCGCGCACCACCACGCCUCCUACGUCGCCAUAGGCGUGUCGCUGGGCCAGUCCGCGAAGGCGCAGCUGGCGCUGCAGCGCGCGUGCGCGGUGGCGGCGCGGCACGCCGACUGCGUGCGCAGCGCGUGGCGCCACCUGCUCGACAUCCUCGCCGCGCUCUACGUCGCGCGCCUGCUGCCCAAGUGCAUGGUGGAAGUGGAGGAUUAUUUAGCGCCAGGCGGCCGCGUGGCGCUGAUCCGCGCGACGCCGCGUGGAUCGGACACCGGUCUGUUGUCCAGCAUUUAUUCGUACAUUGCGCUCGGGGAGACAGGCAUACGAGCUCCAACGCCACACGAAAAAGCCCUAAUAGAAAUUGCCACAGAAUGCGUCGCCAAAUGUAACCUGCCUAGUCUACUAGUAACGGAGACGAAGUUCCUACAAGUAGAGAGCUUACAGGAACUUAUUCGAGCCAUGAUAGCGGUGGGAACACCACCAGAUCCAGAAAGUCUACAGAUGAAUCCACAGCUGGAAGAGAUCACUAUCUUCUUCCUAGAGUUAUUGGGGCAGACACUUAUACAAAAUAGGGAUCGUUUACAAGCGACAUGGGAGGAGGCGAGCGCGCACAUUACGCGCGUGGUGUUGUGGGCGGCGACCGCGGCGGGCGGCGGCGGGGGAGGCGGGGGAGGCGAGGCGCUGCGGCGCGCGGUGACGGCGCUGCUGCGGACGGCGGCGCGGCUCAUGCGCUGCGAUCAAGCCGCUGCGCCCGCGCUGCACCACCUGCGCAUACUCUUCCAGCUGCCCUACAAGCUCUUCUACCACCAGGCCGAAGUCAUAUCUUGCGGCCUGUACGAGCUAGUGAAAACGUCGGCUCAGAACGUACACAGCGCGGCGGACUGGGAUGUGGUGUUUGCACUGUUGUGUGCAGCCGGUGCCGGCGCUUGGCCGCGGGAUGCUUCCACCUCGCUCAGCUCUGCAUCAAGUCGCUCUGAAGAUUCCGAAGACGAGAGUGAGAGGCGCCCGACGAGCAUGUCCUCAGAGAGCGAAUUGUCGCACUCGCCACAGACGCAGGGAUGGAUUCUAGUGAAGAACGAGCCGGCGCUGGAGUGCGAGUCGCUGGAGGGCGAAGUCCGGCUGCGCGCGUGCAGCGGCGCGGCGCUGGCGCGGUGCUGCGAGGCGCUGGCGCUGGUGGUGCGCGACGUGGCGCACGUGACGCCGUACAACUGCCGCGCCGCCGUGCGCGCCGUGCGCCUGCUCGCCGCCGCCGCCGCCCGCGCCGGUAAAAAAACCAAGUCACGAGACGGCAGAAAACAAAGGCCUAGUUCGGCGAAACGGCGCUACGAUGACUCCAGCGACGAAGAACUCGACACGCUUGAUCAAUACCAUUUAGUUAGCAUACAGCUGCUGGACCUAAUGCACACGCUUCAUAGUCGCACCGCCCAGAUCUUCAAGUGGUGGCGUGAUGAAGCCGACCAAGGACAAGGUGCGGAGGAAUACGAUCUGUGGGAGGUAGCGUGGAUGCCACUCUUACAAGGCAUCGCGGAGUUCUGUACUGACAGACGGAAACAGGUGGCGAACAGCGCGAUCGCGUACCUGCAGCGCGCGCUGCUGGUGCCGGGGCUGGCGGGGCUGGCGGCGGGCGGCUGGGAGGCGUGCUUCCAGCGCGUGCUGUUCCCGCUGCUCGAGCGCCUGCUGCGCCGCCCGCCGCCCGCCGCGCCGCUGCUGCCCGCGCGCGCCAACACCAUCAUGUGCAAGGUGUUCCUGCAGCACCUGGCGGCGCUGAGCGCGCGCGCGUCGUUCGCGGCGCUGUGGGCGCGCGUGCUGGAGCUGCAGCGCGCGCUGCUGGCGCCGCCCGCGCACGACGCGCUCACCGAGGCCGCGCUCGAGGCGCUCAAGAACAUGCUGCUCGUCAUGGACUCCGUCAAGGUCACUAGCUCACUACUCACUACUCACUACUCACUACUCACUACUCACUCGCACACCUACUCGUUCGCGGCGCUGUGGGCGCGCGUGCUGGAGCUGCAGCGCGCGCUGCUGGCGCCGCCCGCGCACGACGCGCUCACCGAGGCCGCGCUCGAGGCGCUCAAGAACAUGCUGCUCGUCAUGGACUCCGUCAAGGUCACUAGCUCACUACUCACUACUCACUACUCACUACUCACUACUCACUCGCACACCUACUCGUUCGCGGCGCUGUGGGCGCGCGUGCUGGAGCUGCAGCGCGCGCUGCUGGCGCCGCCCGCGCACGACGCGCUCACCGAGGCCGCGCUCGAGGCGCUCAAGAACAUGCUGCUCGUCAUGGACUCCGUCAAGGUCACUAGCUCACUACUCACUACUCACUACUCACUACUCACUACUCACUCGCACACCUACUCGUUCGCGGCGCUGUGGGCGCGCGUGCUGGAGCUGCAGCGCGCGCUGCUGGCGCCGCCCGCGCACGACGCGCUCACCGAGGCCGCGCUCGAGGCGCUCAAGAACAUGCUGCUCGUCAUGGACUCCGUCAAGAUAUUCAGCAAUGGAGAUGGGUACAACGACCUUUGGUAUUUAACGUGGGACAAGAUUGGAGAGUUCCUGCCAAAUUUGAAAGAAGAAUUAUUCCCCGAAGCAAAGGAUAACACCAAGCCGUCUGGACUGCCGAGUCACAUGCAGCCAACGCUGCCGCCAACGUUACCAACAUUGGUGCCAGUCGGACCCAGUACGCCCACCAUUCUACCUGUUUCAACGCAAAGUUUGAGCCAACCUUUAAACCAACAUUUGUCCCAACAUUCCCACAUUUUGACACCACCUACACAACCAUCACACCAGAAUGCGGGCCAACCUUUUGUCCAACCGUCCAGUCAGGCUCAGACACGUUCACAAAGUGUUCAUUCUCCUAUAAAUCUAAGCCAAACUCCGCCGUCGGCGUCCAACACGUCAACGUUGGUGACGCCGACACCAAUAAGCGGCAUGGUACCUAUCCGUAAUCCUUUGUACGACCAAACCGGGUUGACUUCUUCUGUGCUCCUGCAGCCUUUAAAUGAGAUGAUAUCGACUCCUAUCGGCAUUUCAAUACAGUCUCAAAUACCAAUACUGUACCCGCGAACGACGACAGAGCUCAUACAGACGCAGCAGCAACCAGACCCGCUCAAAACUGAACCUACUGCCUACAACAUAGAGCUUAUAUCACAAAAUAAAGACCCGCAAGAAAUUAUAGUACCCAACGACAAGGACGUGCAGCACAGUGAAUUGUACGCAGAAUACUUAACAAAUCCAUAUAAUGAUGUAAAGGAAGUGUCACCAAAAGAGGCAACCCUAUAUGACCCGGAAAGUUUGACCCCCACUGACCAAACUGUACCGGAUUCGAACAAGGAUGUACAUAAUCCCCUCCUGUCUGUACUAGAUAAGCAAAAGUCGUUCAGUGCUAAUACAACACCUAUGCAUAGCAGAAAUAAGACACAAUUUAGUUCAACAGACAAUGUAAGAGCAGAUUCAAGUAUAUUUAACUUCACCAGCUACUUUGGUUCGGUCAAUGAAAAGAGUGCGGAAGUAUUCGACGUGUUGAUGUCAUCGCAAGAGGGAUAGCUCAUUACAGAGUGUGACGUAGGUACGUGGUUGUAAUUUAAAAAUGGAACUGUAUAAUUUAAAAUUGUAUUUAUAAAAAAAAAAAAUUGUAGACACAAAGGAAUCAAUUUACAAAGCCAAUCGGUAUGUUUCAAUUUUUGUUAUCAUCUUUUUUAUAUUUAAUUCAGUAUCUUAAUUAAGGUAACCAAUUUCUUAAAAACUAGUGUUAGUAUUUAUGGCGGGAAGUAUAGAUAUGACGAACCCAGUAUGUGCAGUGCUAAAUUGGCAAUUCUUCUCCUCUCUCUCUCUUCUCCUCUCUCUCUCUUCUCUCUUCUCCUCUUAAUAACCUCUUAAUAAAUAAACUAUUUUCUUACUGCACUGCACAUACUAACAUAGUUUUUAUUACAAGGGACUAAAAAAAUUAGGCAGCAUGGUCUCCGACCUUAGCCUGUUCCACAACGGAACAAACGUGCUAAAAAAAAUUAAUAUUGAGUAUGUACAUACCUCGUAUUGUAUAGUGUCGUUGGUACAGGUUUUUUUUUUCAAGAAUUUUUUUUUAGUUUUUGGUAAUAUAAAAAAUUUUUCUAAGAAAAAAUAAAUAGUCUUUUUUGACAUCCUAUUUAUGAAUUCUGACACUGGUUUUAAAAAAUGGGUUAUUUUAAUUAACGUACAGUGUAGCUUAUAAUUUUAGUAAAACAAUCCUAAAGACGUCAAUUUACACAAUACUAGUAAACUUUCACGAUAGCAAGAUGCCUCGAAAAAAUAAAAUAACAGAAAUAUGACUUGGCAAUUAAAUAUCAAUACUGUUAAAACCCAUAGACAGAGAAUGGACUGAGUGUGAGCAAUAAAUCCUUACUUAUACAUGUGAAAGUGAGUUUGUUUGUUUGUUAACUAUUAGCACCUUAACGGCUUAACCAAUGUGUUUGUAUGGUUGCUUCGGUUUAAAGGGAUAUGGCAGUGAAUUUCCAGGGUACAGAGGAAUAACACCUGAGUCCAUCAGGUGAGCCGCAAACUCCUUUACCCCUGUGUUAAAAAAAAAUUUAAUAAUCAACUAUAUUUGAGCCAUGUCUCUGGACUUUGUUAAUUACCAGUGGGUUACCACUUACCAUCAGGUGAACAGACUAAGUAAAAAAAAAAUUAAUUCGUCCCUCGAAUUACUGAGAAUGAAUUUUUGUCAUCAGUAUACACUUACUAAUAUUAUGGGAAAGUGUGUUUGUUUGUUACCUCAUAACGCCUUAACAGCUUAAGCAAUUACUAUGAAAUUUAUUUACAUGUACUAUAUGCGGUGGAGGAGGGCAUAGACUACCUUUUGUCCCGGUCAAUGUCGUGGACUGAGUCGCGAGUAAAAGUUACACAAAAAAAAACUACCAUUAUAUGUCUUUAAAUAACAACUGUGUUGCCAUAAACUCAUAUAAAACUAUUGAUCAACUUAGUGCAAUGAAAUUACCACUUUUUUCCCUAUAUAAUAAAGUUGUUAUUAUAUUUUAUGAAAUAUGUAGUUGUGUCGAUACGUGUUACAAGAUAAUAUGGCGUAGUUCUGACAGAGGUUUUGUCCAAUAAUGUAUGUCUCAGUUGUGGUAAAGUCUAUUUAGUGGGAUUUUGUAAAUUAAACUAACUAGAAAUGUAACGGUGACUCUUAAAUUAUAAUAACCAGAUAUUACUGAAUACAUUUAAGAUCAAUAAUGGAAAUACUGGAUUAGUUUUACAAGGAUAAAACGUGUUUAUUAGUGGAAAAAAAUAAUAAUUUGAAAUACGUCUCAAUAUUGAAUAGAUUUAUUUCUAACUAUUGUGUAUAUAGGGUACGGUAACCGCUUACCAUCAGGUGGGCCGUAUGCUUGUUUGCCAACUCAGUGGUAUAAAAAAAAAGUAUUUACAACUUGUUAAAUGUCAUGAAAUUAUUGUUUUAUAUUUGACAUCAACGUACAUCUUACCAUUAAUGAGAAUGUGAGUACUCUAAUGAGUUUAUUUUAAUCUACUAGUCUUACCUCAUUUUUCUUCAAUCAUAUUGUUAGAAUGAGACAAAAUACUUUGUUUUAUAAAAUUGAUUUUUAAAAAAAUUAUUAAUUUCUUUUUAUGAAUAAUUUAUAAAUUUAAAUGUUAAACGGCCUACAAAUAGAUUGUAUUUUAUUAUACGGAUUACAUCUAUAUUAUGUUUACAUUCCAGGCUAUUUUUUUAUGUAUUUAUUAAUUUAAUAACUAUAAUUGAUUAGAGCAUGUACACAGCGAAACUAUAUCGUACAUUUCAAUGUUAUGUCUGGUACAGCAUGAAAAGUCGAUGACCACCUACAUACUUCCAAAACCCAACCCUUGCAUACGUAAAUGGCACAAUAAGUUUAGUGUACAAUUUCAAUGAACAUCUUAUAAAGUCAAAAUUAUAUAUAUAUAUAUAUAUAUAUAUAUAUAUAUAUAUAUAUAUAUAUAUAUAUAUAUAUAUAUAUAUAUAUAUAUAUAUAUAUAUAUAUAUAUAUAUAUAUAUAUAUGUAUUUUAUUAAAUUAUCUGUGGGUGUCCAAAAAGGUGACUAAGGGAAUUUAAUAAAACAUCACCAAAACCUAACUACGGUGCUUGUCAAUCGUAGCAAUUGCUAGCAAAUUCCCCUAAUGGAAGUAGGCCUUUGUUCAGCAGUGGACAGUUACCGGUUGAUGUGAUGAUGAUGAUGACGAUGAUGACGAUGAUGGGUUUAGAAAAUGUUUACUUCUUGAUCGACUUUUUAUGCUACUUAAGUUUUAUAUAUAAAACAUUGGAGCCGAUUCUGAGGUGCUAUUUCUCUAAAUUUUUACUCUUAAUAUUUUAACUAUUUCUCAAAAUAACCAUUUUAUGGACUAUCAAAAGUUAAAAUUAUAAUAAAUUUGACUUAAAUUAGAAAAUUAGUUCACAUUGGUCCUUAGAAUAUUUUCUUUUGUGAUAUCAAAUUGAAAUUUCAAUUUUAAAAAUAGAAUUUAGAGCAAUGGCGCCCCAGAAUCAUAUUGUCACACUACAAAAGUUUCAGGGUUACUAUUCUGUGUUAAAUAUAAGGGAAAACAUGUAAAUUGUGUAAUUAUUUUAAUGUGUAUAGAGAGAUAUAUCAAACUAUUGUAAUAGCAGUGUAAUAUAUGUUUAACAUUGAUUAAUAAAACGUGUUUAUCAAA